GUGGAAAAUACAUGAUACCUUAUAUACAAAGGCAAAGAUGAUUUAGUCUUUAUUUUUCUUUAUUUUUCUUUCUUUCUUUCUCUUCUUUUCUUUCGUUGACUCACUCCGGAUUUGAGACCGAUAUAUGAUUGAUUUUACAGCAAUAACAUCAAAAGUACCUCUGGGAGAAAAACGACAAAUUAUUUUGGUCAUGACCACUAUCAUGGCAACGAGUACUGGGUUAUAUUACUUCUCUACUUCAAGGAAAAACGUGAUUGACAAGAAACGUUUCAAAGAUAUCCCCACUCCUAAGCAACGAUGGCCCAUUGUAGGACAUCUACUUUCUCUUGGUCAACUUCCUGGAUAUACUGUGGCAAAAUGGAGCAAAGAACUUGGACAUAUAAUUCAAUUGAAAAUGGGAGUACAAACUUGGUUCGCGAUUUCAGAUCCUGUUCUUGCUCAAGAAAUCUUCAUGACUCAUGGUGUUGCAACAUCUGACAGAUCGCUUCAUACAUUCUUUGACUAUUAUAGUCAUGGUGGAAGGGGGGUUGCUUGUUCUGAUGCAAACAAAGGGUGGAAACGAGCAAGAACCGCUGCUUUAUCAGUCCUGGCACCACAACGCGUCAAUCAAUUCACCAAUGUUCUUAUGAACGAAGCCAAUAUCCUGGUGAAACAACUUCUUUCUCGUAGUCUACUGGAUGGUCAAGUGGAUCCUGCUCCUUAUGUUCAAAAUGCUGCCAUGAAUGUGAUCUUGACAACCUGUUUUGCAACUCGUAUCAACUCUGUCGAUGAUCAACUAUUCAAAGAUGUCUUAGGAUAUAUGCACGGUGGCAUGAAGAUAUCCGGAGAAAGCGACCUUUAUCGGUUUUUUCCUAUUAUAUCUGUAUUAGAUGUGCUCCUGGGAAAGAAACGAAUAUAUAGGGACUUUAUUGCCAAGGUUCGUGACCCUCUUUUUACUCGUCUGGUUGAUGAAGCUGCUUCCAGUGACAGAGAUUCGAUGAUCAAGUCUUUCCUGGCUCUCAAGGAAGAUCAUGGUUUGGACGACAAAGAUAUCAUUGUGAUUAUGUCUGACCUUCUUGGCGGUGGUACUGAAACUAGCUCAACUCUAUUGUAUUGGAUGAUUCUAAUCCUUUCCCAUCAUUAUGGCGUUCAGAAAAAGAUACAAUUGGAACUCGAUGCCUUUGUUCAAACACAUGGUCGUCUCCCUACCUUUGAAGAGCGAGAUCAAGUCCCUUAUAUUAUUGCCGUGCAAAAGGAAUGCAUCCGUUACAGACCUAUCUCUUCCUUUGGUAUACCUCACGUAGCUAACAAUGAUUUGGUGGUUCGCGAUUAUUUUAUUCCCAAAGGUACUGUAUUGGUUAGCAACAUGUUCGGUAUGCAUAUGAAUCCCGAUAUCUAUUCUGAUCCAGAAACAUUCAAGCCUGAACGCUUUUUGAACAACAUUCGAACAAUGUCAUCGGCAGCAAAUGGCAAUGUCAAUCAACGUGAUCAUUUCAUUUUUGGAUGGGGAAGACGCACUUGUCCUGGUAUCCAUUUGGCAGAAGCAGAGAUGUUCCAUAUUUUUAUUCGGAUCUUCGCAAACGCAAGUAUUGCACCUCCUUUGGGUGAUGAUGGCAAGGAAGUACCUAUUAAUAAUGAAGUUGCGUUAGAUACUGGAAUUGUCAGUUUACCUCACCCUUAUCAAGUUAGAUUUAUCCCUCGUAUUGAAUUCCCUUUAGAAUAG